AUGGUUUCCACAUCCCCACCUCAUGUCACUGAGGCUGGCCGAGCCCUGCAGCAGCCACCACGCUUCACCCUGCACACGGGGCUGCUGGCCGUCCCGGGCAGCCCGGCCAGUCACAUGCGCUUCUCUUCCUCCAGACACAGCUCCUCAGCCUCACCCGCGUCCCUCCUCGCCCCACCGCCUUGCGCGGAGCCGAAUGAGAGUGUCGGUGACGGAGGGUGCAGCGAUGCCAGUUCACUUCACAUGGAUCUCUCCAGUCUUGUGACCUGGGCACACGCUCAUGGGACCAUAUGCAAUCAAAUCCCAGCCUUGGACACGGUGCAGAACACGGGUCAUCCUAGCAAGGACAAUUCUGUUGUGUGGAUAUGUGGAGUUGGACAUGCCUAUCACUGGCAGUGUGGAAAAUUAUACUUCAGAAGCAGAGAAGAGAAUAAAGCUGGAGGAAAGAGACAGAGGUUAGUGUCUUCUGAGGCUUCAUCAAGGGAGGCUAAUUUAGAUGAAAAGAGGUUCAGGAUGACCCCAUCUUUUGAGAGGGCUAAAGCAGAUGCUGUUAGCACAGGGUCACGAAGCAGAUCUCCAGAGGUCACUCAGCAGAAAGACAACACAGUCUACAUAAUACGGAAUGAACCUCUCUGGGAAUCACCCAGAGAAAAUGGGAAAAAUAGCAAAUCCAUGAAAUCGUGCUUUGCAGCAAAGCAGCAUUUGUCAACAUCUGGUGGUGAAGUCAAAACUGACAGACAUAAGGUAAAGCUAGAAAGCAAUGAAGAUGUACAGAUCAUCUCUGAUGAAGAACAGUGUAUAUCAGAUGAAGACAACCAAGGAGACAGAAUCAACCAGAAUACUCUGUCAGAAUCACCAAUUAAAGGUGUAACUGCCGAGGUAGAUUUGUACAUGCAUCGUAGUCAGAAGAUGGCAUUUAACAAGCCAACAGCCAUCCAAGCAUCUGGCUUUGCCCCCGCAGGAAAGCCACCCCUGACUCUUGCCUGCCUUCUGAAAUCCCCCGUCAGCAACCAAGAGAGCCUGGAGAGCAGGCAGCAGUUAGCACCUCUGAAUCCUGCAGGGUCCGGAACUGAAGCUUCCAGAGCAAGAAACACCACUGGGUCAGCAAUACCAAAAGAGCAUUUAAAAUUUCAGCAACUCCAGCUGAGCCCUCCGGACCAUGGCACACCAGGAGUAGGCUUAAGCGGGAACAUUACAGAAAACCCUGUGGAGGAGGGUGAACCGUCAGGAUCUGGGCAUGCACCUCAUCUUUCAGCCUUGUUGAAUCCAGAGCGCAACAACGCAGACCAUCCACCCGCAUCUUCAUAUGAAAAUGCGUUGAAGAAGUGGGAGAAAAAGAGAAAACGUAAUAGUGGUGAUAUAAAAAUUUUCAAAGACUGGCUGGUUUUACAUUGCCCUUCUGAAACGCGCGAGAUCUAUGAUCUGCCGCCCGAAGACCUCAAUAAUUACCUGGCCUCGUUCUACAGUUCUGCAAAGAGACGGAACGGCACAGAUUUUUCCGCCAAUUCUUUGCACUUCUAUCAGAGCAGCAUAGAGAGAUACCUCAAGGAUCACAACUACGAGUACAGCGUGGUUAAAGGGCCGGAAUUCAGAGCGUCGCGGGAAGCCUUGAAACUAAAGCAUCAGCACCUCUCUCAAAAAGAGAGGGAGGGAGAGUGGAGUAUUUUGGAGAAUCUGACAGAUGAAGAUGUGGAAAGUCUUCGUAAGAAGGGAAUUUUAAGUAAGGCGCACCCUCAGGGCUUUUUGAACCUCAUGUUCACAAACACCAUUAGGGGGUUUGGGGCAAGUACACACAGUCAGAGCCCCAGUCUGUACUGGGGACAGCUCGUGCUGAAAAAGAAUGAGGGAGAGCUGGAGUACUUGGAGUGGAAGGAUGAUCUGAGCACGGAGGUGAAUACAGGGGAAGCGGGUCCACGCCUCUUUGCCAAGCCCGACAAUCCCGGAAACUGUCCGGUCGCAGAUUAUAAGGAGUACGCUAAGAGGAGGCCCCUGGAUAUGCUCCAUGACUACGACCCCCUUUAUCUCACGCCCAAGCCCCUGUGCUCCAUGUGGGACCAGAUAUGGUACAGCAGAAAGUCACUGACAAAAGCCAAAAUGGAAAAGAUCAUGAAAGUUAUUAUCCAGCAAGUCAAAGAACCUGUAAAGAAGUCCAAGAAAUAA